AUGCUCGUGCACCAAGCGCAGCAGUCUCAGGUCGUGGCGGCAGGCCCCGCUUCGCGCAAGUCCCUCGGCGGCGGAUGCCGACCGCCGCCCUCGUUGCAGCUAGAACCAGCAGUUGCCCUUGACUUGGACAGCAUGUUCGGCGAGGAGCCACCCUCAUCCUCUCCACGAGACGAGCUACCCGCGGAGGUGAUGAAGACGGGCCAGUGGUGCGAGAGGAACUCUGUGGCUCUCCUGGAGGCGUGCUGCAACCGCGACGUCGGAAAAGCCGCCCGCAUACUGGGACAAGCCUCGGCGGAGCACGUGGGCGAGGAGAGGAUGAAAAAUAUGGUGAUGCUGAAAGACGACUUCCGAGAUACCGCGCUCCACCUCAGCGCCUGCCAAGGCGAGGUGGGCAUCGUGAAGCUGCUACUGGCGAGAGGGGCGGACGUCCACGCGCAGAACAACCUCGGGAGCACCCCGCUGAACCGCGCGGCGGUAGCUGGAAGGACGGAGGUGGUCGAGCUCCUUCUGGACGCAGGGGCCAACCUCGAGCACCAGGACGACAUCUCGGGCACUUCUCUGCACGGCGCCGCGCGGCGCAACCACUGCUCCACCGUCCGCCUCCUCCUCAACCGCGGUGCCUCCGUGGACGCCGCAGACGGCGUCGGAAACAGGCCGCUGCACUUGGCAUCUGCCGAGGGAGCCAUCUCCGCACUCGGGGUUCUUGUGAAUCACUACGCCGACCCACAGGUGAAGAACAUCAGAGGCCAGACGCCGCUGGACGUUGCCCAGGCUUCUUGGAUCGGGAAUUCCUGCAAGAAGAAGAUCGCUCGCCUCCUCUCCACGGAGAGCACCUGAGGGCGUCGGCCGGGCGGGUUUCGGACAGCCAAGGGGGACUACCUGCUGCUGUCACCUGUUAAAAAAUGGCGAGCGCCUGAGGCGGGGCUUCGGACAGCCAAAGAAGAUUGCUGCUGUCAUCUGUUUAACAAUGGAGAGCACCAGAGGCCGGCGGGUAUUUGACAGCAAGAAAGAGAUGAGGGCUGCUGCUGUCACCUGUUACAUGUACGUGAGGCAGGCGGGCUUCGGGCAGCAAUGAAGAGAGGAGGACUACCUACCGCUGUCAUCUGUUACGACGUCGGUAUGGUCUGCGUAAACGCGCUGCGCUGGGAAUGCAAGUGCCUCUGAGCACGAGACAACAGAGGUUCUUGUACUCCUUAGUUUCGUCUUCCGUCUUUUUUUUUUACAUGCACUUGCCGGACUCUCUUUGGGCAUGAGAAAAGAAUAACCUUUUGUGUUCCUGGUCUGUUCGCCUUUAGACUCGUCCUUGAGAACGCUAGAUAACUGCUGAUUUUUGUCGUUUUCGUUUUUGAGGGAAAAAAGGCUCGGCGGGAGGGUUGGUUGUGCCCCGGGCCGAUUGCUGAUUGACGCAACCUUGAAAAUUGGCGUACUGUUGUCUUUUGGUUUUUCUAUCGUACGAAAGAAUGAGUCAUGUAUCUAUCUAUCUCUGCAUCCGCGACACGCGAUUUUAGCUUUGAUGUCACGAGCAGACGGCCUGACUUCUGUUCGACAAGAUCGAAUCGGAAAGGAAGGUGUUCGGGUUAUUCUGUCGCGUUCAUUUUAUUUAUUUUUUUAUUCAUGCGCCGCCCAUCGGGCCAACCUUGUAUCGAGUGGACCGUGUGCCUCAUGCCACGUGUGUGUCAUCUAAAGAAAUUAGCAAUAUACGGGGGGGUGUUUAUCGGAAAGAGAAAAAAGAUCGUCUCCAAGUGUACAUAUCGCCACCGGGCGCAACUGCUUCGUUUUUUUUUUUUUCAGCGGAACAGAAACGAACGGGAGGCAUCUUGUUCAACCCACUCGUUGAACGUGCGGCCGCCCUUGAGCAAAUGCCAAA